ACUAAAACGAAAACGUUUCAGAAAGUAACGCAAAGCCUCUAAAACAGUUUUUGCUCAAUGUGAAGCUUCUUCAGUGUUUCUUUAAGGAACUAAAGCCACAGCAGGUAAAUUAUAGGGAGCAGAAAACGGGGGGAAAAAAGGAGAGAAAGUUGAAGCAGACAUGGCCUCCUCCAGCAGUCUCUUAUCUGAAGACCAGCUCCAGUGCUCCAUCUGUCUGGAUGUGUUCACUGAUCCAGUCUCUACUCCAUGUGGACACAACUUCUGUAAGAUGUGUCUGAAAAAGUGCUGGGACACCAGUCCAUACUGCCAGUGUCCAGUGUGUAAGGAGGAUUUCCCCAAAAGACCUGAGCUUCGUGUGAAUACGUUCAUCUCUGGUCUGGCUGCUCAGUUUAAGAAGUCAGUUCAGGUGAAAUCCAGCAGCGUUGUAGAUCCGCUUCUCUCCAAUACUAAAAAGGUUCUGUGUGACUCCUGCACUGAGGAAAAGCUGGAGGCUCUAAGGUCCUGUCUGCAUUGUGGGGUUUCUCUCUGUAGCACUCAUCUGAUGCCUCAUAAAACUACAACCAAAUACAAAAAGCACAAACUGAUUGACCCUGUGGAGAACCUGGAGGACUACAUCUGUCAGAAACAUGAGAGACCCCUGGAGCUGUUCUGUAGAGAUGACAAGAUGUGUGUGUGUCAGUUCUGCACUGAGACAGACCACAAAACUCACAAAACUGUUCCUGUAGAGGAGGAAGGUCAAUUAAAGAAGAGUCACUUGGGGAAGAAACAGGCGAAUUUUCAAAAGAUGAUUCAAGACCGACUGAGGAAGAUUCAGGAACUCAAACAAUCUGUAGAACUCAAUAAUAAAAACAUAGAGAAGGAGAAAGCAGAAAGCAUGGAGGUGUUGAGUGCUCUGAUGCGCUGCAUUGAGAGGAGCCAGGCUGAGCUGCUUAAGGUGAUGGAGGAGAAGCAGAAAGCAGCAGAGAGGCAGGCCGAAGAGUUCAUUAAAGAGCUGGAGAAGGAAAUCACUGAGCUAAAGAGGAGAAACACUGAGCUGGAGCAGCUCUCACACACUGAGGAUCAUCUCCACCUCCUACAGAUUUACCCGUCACUGUGCAGCCCUCCACACACCCAGGACUGGACCGACGUCACAAUUACCUCUCAUCUGAGUUUGGAGACUCUGAGAAGAAAUCUGUCUCAGCUUCAGGAGACUUUCAAUAAGAAAAUGAAGGAGCUUCCUGAGAUUAAACUAAGGAGAAUUCAGCAAUAUGGAGUGGAAGUGACUCUGGAUCCUGAUACUGCUCAUCCUAACCUCAUCCUAUCUGAUGAUAGAAAACAAGUGAGACAUGGAGACUUGCGAAAGAUUCUCCCUGAUAAUGCAGAGAGGUUUAAUUAUAUAAUUUGUGUGUUGGGCAAGGAGGGAUUCUCCUCAGGGAGAUUUUACUAUGAGGUGCAGGUCAGAAGGAAGACUCAGUGGGAUUUAGGAGUGGCCCAAGAGUCUGUUAACAGGAAAGGACAGAAUACAUACAGCCCCAAAGAAGGGUACUGGAUUGUGUGGCUGAGGAAUAAGACUGAAUAUAAAGCUUGGGACUCUCCUCCUGUUCCCCUCUCCUUGAAACAGGCUCCUCAGAAGGUGGGGGUGUUUGUGGAUUAUGAGGAGGGUCUGAUCUCCUUCUAUGAUGCUGAUGCAAAGUCUCUUAUCUACUCUUUCGCUGGUCAGAAUUUCACUGAGAAACUUUAUCCAUACUUCAGUCCCUGUCUCAGUGAUGAAGGUAAAAAUUCAGCACCACUGAUUAUCACCCCUUAAACUUUGUAAGCAACAAUUUACAACUUUUUCCUUUCAAAACAAAAUUGGCAAAUCUCAUUCUCUUUAUUUAAUGACAAAAAUACUUACACAGUGAGUCAGUUCUAACUGAACAGAUUACAUUUUUUUAUUUUUUAUGCACUUACUUGGAAAAUAUUGCUACGGUUACUAAGCCCUUAAUAAAGAACUCUCUGUGGUGAAA